AUGGACAGACGGAGUAUGCAAGAGCAACGACAUCGUGAAGCAAGGCAGUCUGUGGGUGAUAUCGCAGGAGGUCUUAGUCAACACCUUGGGCAUCGCACGUCUUUUACUCGAAAGCGCGCAGAGUCGCACCAGUCUCAAACAGCAACCUCACCACGGGUACUGUCGCCAUCGGAAAUCGAGCAACUGCCCCAACAAGCCUUGAUCUCUGCAUACCUGCGAUCUUCGUAUCAUGGGGACCACGCAGAUCGCCCAGAGAGACUUUCCUCAGCUGGAUCCUACUACACAGCUUCGUCAUCGCACUACAAAUCGCAAGGCGAAAUGAGGAGAAUAAGCGGGAACUUCAACGCACCAACGGAGAUUGAGGUGGAGCGACAGAGGAGCCACUCUAAACGGUCACGGGGUAUGGGAAAACUCAGGGAUGUGUUCAAGGGUCUGGUGCGGGCGUAGGAUCAGUUCGUUGAGGUCGGUACUGGUACCUGCUUUCCCUUGUGCACACCAUGUCAUCUUAAAUUCGUCAUGGCACACACGACCUCGCGUCACUCUAUGCGCGUUGUCCGCGCCGUGGGCUUGUUCUCUUAGAUACCCAACAUCUGCCCUUGAUCUGCUUGUUUC